GUGUCUGCCUGAGUCUCCCAGGUGGCUCAUAUCUCAAAAGCAAAAUGACAAAGCUAUGGAAGUUAUUAAGCGCAUCGCCAAGGGAAAUAAGAAGAAGCUACCUCUCUCUUUCCAGAAUCUCAACUCCGAAGAUGAAGAUGGAGAAAAGCGGAAACCUUCAUUUCUAGACCUGGUCAGGACACCUCAGAUCAGAAAACACACGUGCAUUUUGAUGUACAGUUGGUUCACAAGCUCCAUCCUCUACCAGGGGCUCAUCAUGCACAUGGGAAUAGCCGCUGGGAACAUGUACCUGGAUUUCCUCUAUUCUGCGCUUGUUGAGUUUCCAGCCGCCUUCAUCCUCAUGCUAACACUGGAUCGCAUUGGUCGUCGCUACCCCUGGGCUGCGGCAAACGUGAUGGCAGGUGGUGCUUGCCUCGUUGCAGCAUUAGUCCCAGACACUCUUUAUUGGCUUAAAAUGACUGGAGCUUGCUUGGGCAGGAUGGGAAUUACCAUGUGCUAUGAAAUUAUUUGUGUGGUAAAUCCUGAGCUGUAUCCAACAUUUCUCAGGAACCUGGGAGUCCUCGUCUGCUCGUCCAUGUGCGACCUUGGUGGGAUUAUAACGCCCUUCCUCGUGUACAGACUGGCAGAGGUCUGGCACGAACUGCCCCUGGUCAUCUUUGCUGUGAUCGUUUUAAUCGACGGUGGCUUGGUUUUGCUCCUACCUGAGAUGAAGGGAAAGAAUCUGCCUGAGACCAUUGAAGAUGCUGAAAAUCUGCACAGCUUCGACGUCCCAGAAUUUGACUGGAUAUUAGGCAAGCUGGAAAAUGAAAAGGAAGGCAAAGAGGAGUUAGAGGCAGUGAAGCCUCAUGACAUGGGGGACUGCAUGCAACUACAUCAUCAUUAG